GUAGAAGGGCUUGGCCGGGCGAUCGGGAGGGACCGCGUCUCUGUGCGCUUGCGCUCUCUGGGGAAGAGACCCGCGGGGACCCCUUUCUUCCUCCCCUUCCUCUGUGUCUCCGCCCCAGCCUCCGCUGUGCGUGUGGCGGCGGAGGGACGUCGGGGGCGGUGCCCGCGCCGGGGACGGGCGGCGCCGCCGCAGUUGCCCCUGGUAACGGGGGAGGCAGGAGAAGGAGGAGGAGGAGGAGGAGGAGGAGGAGGAGGGAGUCGGCGGGAGGAUGGGUUUACUCUCAAUCCUUCGAAAAUUGAAGAGCGCACCAGACCAGGAGGUGAGAAUUCUUCUCCUGGGCUUGGAUAAUGCUGGCAAAACUACGCUUCUGAAGCAGCUUGCAUCUGAAGACAUCAGUCACAUAACACCUACACAGGGCUUUAACAUCAAAAGUGUACAGUCACAAGGUUUUAAACUAAAUGUGUGGGACAUUGGCGGACAGAGGAAAAUCAGGCCAUAUUGGAGGAAUUAUUUUGAAAAUACUGAUGUACUUAUAUAUGUUAUCGACAGUGCAGACAGAAAACGAUUUGAAGAGACGGGUCAGGAACUAGCUGAAUUACUGGAUGAAGAAAAGCUAAGUGGUGUCCCUGUGCUCAUCUUUGCUAACAAGCAGGAUUUGCUCACCGCAGCCCCUGCCUCAGAGAUUGCAGAAGGACUGAACCUACACACAAUCCGAGACAGGGUCUGGCAGAUCCAGUCUUGCUCAGCCCUUACAGCAGAAGGAGUACAGGACGGCAUGAACUGGGUCUGCAAAAACGUCAAUGCUAAGAAGAAAUAAAAUCUAGAUGAAUGGAAACACAGGAGCCGCGGGAGCUGAGUUCUGUCCUGAAAACACUCAUUUGCUGCUUUCUGACCAUCUGUGUACAGCUACAGCUGUUUAAAGAGAGGGAACAGCACAGUCUAAAAAAGAAUCCCCAUUCCAGCAGUAGGUUUAACUGAUCUCUGAGGUUCAGUAUCAUUUUUCAAAUAAAGGAAUUACAUUAUUUCCUCUGCAUAA